ACCCAAACUGUCAUGUCAACACAUUUUUAUUUUACGUAUAGUAUACUCGAUUCAAUAUGUUCAUGAACACAUUUUUAAUAACUCAAGUCAGAGGCAUGGCCACACUUAAAACUAUUUCCAUGCGUUUAAAGUCUGUUAAAAACAUUCAAAAAAUAACAAAAUCUAUGAAAAUGGUGUCUGCUGCUAAAUAUACUCGUGCUGAAAGGGAGCUCAAACCUGCAAAGCCAUAUGGUAUAGGAGCCUUGGCCUUUUACGAAAGUAUGCAAGGUGACUCGGCCAAGAAAUCAACUGAAACCGUAUCAAGCCUCCCCACGGGCAAAAAGCAUUUGAUAAUCGCCCUCUCUUCCGAUAGAGGCCUAUGUGGGGCUGUUCAUUCCUCCAUUUGCAAAAUGAUCCGUCAUGAUUUAUACGAGGAAAUCGAAAAAAAAUCUCCCGAUACCGAAACAAAGCUAGUUAUAGUGGGAGAUAAAGCCAAGGGCAUAUUGCAAAGAUUGUUCGCCAAACACAUUCUGCUAACCUUUAGCAAUGUUGGGAAAACCUCUGCCACAUUUGCUGACGCAUCUUUUAUAGUUCAAAAUUUAUUGGAAUCCGGAUAUGAAUUCGACACUUGCAACAUGUACUAUAAUGUGUUCAAAUCAGUUGUUUCCUACAAAUCUACCAAAACCAAUUUAUUGAGCGUAGAUGCCGUUGCCAACAGCCCCAUAAUUCACUCCUACGAUGAUUUAGAUGGCCUAACCCUCAAAGACCACCAACAAGCCCAGUUAGCUAGCUGCCUCUAUUAUGCUAUGAAGGAAAACGCUGUUAGUGAGCAGAGCAGUAGGAUGACGGCUAUGGAUAACGCUUCCAAAAAUGCGGGUGAUAUGAUAUCUAGAUUGACUAUGACCUUCAACAGGACACGACAAGCUGUCAUUACUCGGGAAUUGAUAGAGAUAAUCUCUGGGGCUGCUGCAGUCUAAAGAAUGAAAUCAUUGGUUAUUGUAAUUGAUUUAAAUUUGUGUGGAAAAUUAUUAUAUUUCGUUGACUUUUUUAAAAAUAUU